ACCAGCUGUGAAGUCCGGGUAGAUGAAGAAAAUUGUUCUCAAAGGAAGAAAAACAAUUUUAACCUCUUUGACAAAAACAAUUACUUGGCGAUGGGAAGUUUCCAAGUUUUGUUUCGUCCCUUCAUCUCACUCUUCAUAACCGCUGGAUUCAUUACUCCAUUCAUCGCGGGCUCUUGCAUUAGCGGCAACUGUUUCGCAACAUUCCACCACGUCAUCGGAGAGAACAUGGUGGAUGGCCACGCCCUAGUUGGUCACGUGUUUGCCAAUGUCUCAGUGACCAAAGUGAUAGAUUGCUACAGAGCAUGCCAACCAAACUGCCGUUGUAUCUCCUUCAACUUCCUGAAAUAUUCCAACCAAGAUAACUGUCAACUGAAUGAGGAAAACCGACAUUUAAAGCCCGGUGCCUUGAUGGCAAAGGAAGACUCUCAGUACUACGAUCUGGUCGUUCGCUACAACAUUGCGAGCAAUUCUGCAGUUUCAGCAUCGUCUGGAUGCACUCAGUGUUCCAACAGUUGUUGCAAAGAUCAACCGUGUCUCAAUGGAGGAACAUGUCGAGAAAACUGUCAGGAGACCGGAAAACGAUUCAUCUGCGACUGUUCGGGAUUUAUUGGCCAGAUCUGUGAGCAGGAGUGUCAGGGCGCCCUUGGCAUGGAGAGCCGUGCAAUAACUGACGGACAAAUAAGCGCCUCUACCAGAUAUAGUUCCCGUCAUGUUGCUUCUAACGCCAGACUUCACAAUCAAGCAAGCACAAACAGCGACGGGGUCUGGGAAGCAUCAAUAAAAAACACCAAUCAGUGGCUUCAGAUCGAUUUGGUCACGCAAUUCAGCGUGACACGGGUGGCAACACAGGGAAGACAUGAUCGUUUGCAUUGGGUAACUAACUAUCAUUUACAGUAUAGUAACAACGGGUCGACCUUCCAGUUUCAUAGAGAGCGAGGAAAACACGUAAGCAAGGAAUUUUCAGGAAACAGCGACAGUACAUCUGUGGUGUCACAUGACCUGAUUCCACCAAUCAUGGCGCGUUACAUUCGUUUCCGACCAUUGGCUUGGCACUGGCAGAUAGCCAUGAGAGUGGAGCUGUAUGGUUGUCAUGAUUGUCACCGCGCCCUCGGUAUGGAAAGCCGUGCAAUCCUUGACGGUCAAAUUAGAGCCUCGUCACAGUAUAGUAUAUACCACGCUGCUGUUUACGCCAGACUCCACAAUAAAGCAGUUCAAAAUGUACACAACGAGGCCUGGGAACCAUCAACAUCAGACGCAAAUCAGUGGCUCCAGAUUGAUUUGGUCACGCAACACGGCGUGACUCGCGUGGCAACUCAAGGAAGAUACAGGAUUAAUCACUGGGUGACAAAAUAUAAUCUGCUGUACAGUAGCGACGGGUCGACCUUCCAGUACUACAAAGAACGAGGACAAAGUAUAACGGAAUUAUCUGGAAACACAGAUGGUACCACUGUAGUGUCACAUGACCUUAUUCCAGCAAUCCUGGCGCGUUACAUUCGUUUCCGACCAUUGGCUUGGCACCUGGUGAUAGCCAUGAGAGUGGAGCUGUAUGGUUGCCAAGAGAGAAAAAUUAACCUGAGGGCUGAGGCCAGAGACAAAGAGAACCCAAAAAAAGGAGCUGAGUUCAAUGAGUACAUCGCAACAGGCAACAGGAAUCUGAAUAAAUGGGAAAUUUGGCCUGCUUGCCUUUGGCACAGCAUAAUUCCAUUGCUCAUAACCACUGGAUUCAUAAUUCCAUUCACCACGGGCUCCUGCAGCGACGACAAGUGUCCCGCCUCAUUCUACUUCAUUAUUGGAAGGAACAUGGUGGAUGGGCACGCCCUAGUUGGUCACGUGUUUGCAAAUGUCUCAGUGACCAAAGUGAUGGAUUGUUACAGAGCAUGCCAACCAAACUGCCGUUGUAUCUCCUUCAACUUUUUGAAAUAUUCCAACCGGGAUAACUGUCAACUGAAUGAGGAAAACCGACACCUAAAGCCCGGUGCCUUGAUGGCAAAGGAAGACUCUCAGUACUACGAUCUGGUUGUUCGCUACAACAUAGCGAGCAAUUCUGCAGUUUCUGCAUCGUCUGGAUGCACUCAGUGUUCCAACAGUUGUUGCAAAGAUCAACCGUGUCUCAAUGGAGGAACAUGUCGAGAAAACUGUCAGGAGACCGGAAAACGAUUCAUCUGCGACUGUUCGGGAUUUAUUGGCCAGAUCUGUGAGCAGGAGUGUCAGGGCGCCCUUGGCAUGGAGAGCCGAACAAUAACUGACGGACAAAUAAGCGCUUCUACUAUAUGGAGUUCCCGUCAUUUUGCUUCUAACGCCAGACUUCACAAACAAGCAAGCGCAAAUAGCGGCGGGGUCUGGGAACCAUCAAAGAAAAAUGCCAAUCAGUGGCUUCAGAUCGAUUUGGUCACGCAACUCAGCGUGACACGCGUGGCAACACAAGGAAGACCAGAUGGUCUACAUUGGGUGACUAAAUAUCAUUUACAGUAUAGUAACAACGGGUCGACCUUCCAGUUUCACAGAGAGCGAGGAAAACAUUUUAGCAAGGAAUAUUCAGGAAACAGCGACAGUACAUCUGUGGUGUCACAUGACCUGAUUCCACCAAUCAUGGCGCGUUACAUUCGUUUCCGACCAUUGGCUUGGCACUGGCAGAUAGCCAUGAGAGUGGAGCUGUAUGGUUGUCAUGAUUGUCACCGCGCCCUCGGUAUGGAAAGCCGUGCAAUCCUUGACGGUCAAAUUAGUGCCUCGUCACAGUAUAGUAUAUACCACGCUGCUGUUUACGCCAGACUCCACAAUAAAGCAGUUCAAAAUGUACACCAAGAGGCCUGGGAACCAUCAACAUCAGACGCAAAUCAGUGGCUCCAGAUUGAUUUGGUCACACAACACGGCGUGACUCGCGUGGCAACUCAAGGAAGAUACAAGGCUACUCAUUGGGUGACUAAAUAUAAUCUGCUGUACAGUAGCGACGGGCCGACCUUCCAGUACUACAAAGAGCGAGGACAAAGUAUAACGGAAUUAUCUGGAAACACAGAUGGUACCACUGUGGUGUCCCAUGACCUUACUCCACCAAUCGCAGCACGUUACAUUCGUUUUCGACCAAUAGCUUGGCACAAGGUGAUAGCCAUGAGAGUGGAGCUGUAUGGUUGCCAAGUUAUCUAAUGCAACAAGAGAGGAUUGCCAAACCAGGGACGGAAAAUAAAGAUCUCUUUAUGAUCUCUUCUGAGUAUGCUGUCAAUCUUACACAAUGGAACUCAACUGUUAACGAUUGGUGCA